GCAGAAGUCUCACAUUGGAGUCCGAGUGGAGCGAGCGAGCUGAGUGGUUGUGUGGUUGCGUCCCGGAGACCGGUAGCGCUUGCAGCAUGGCUGACCAACUGACUGAAGAGCAGAUUGCAGAAUUCAAAGAAGCUUUUUCACUAUUUGACAAGGAUGGUGAUGGAACUAUAACAACAAAGGAAUUGGGAACUGUAAUGAGGUCUCUUGGGCAGAAUCCCACAGAAGCAGAGUUACAGGACAUGAUCAACGAAGUAGAUGCUGAUGGUAAUGGCACAAUUGACUUCCCGGAAUUUCUGACAAUGAUGGCAAGAAAAAUGAAAGACACAGACAGUGAAGAAGAAAUUAGAGAAGCAUUCCGUGUGUUUGAUAAGGAUGGUAAUGGCUAUAUUAGUGCAGCAGAGCUCUGCCAUGUGAUGACAAACCUUGGAGAGAAGUUAACAGAUGAAGAGGUUGAUGAAAUGAUCAGGGAAGCAGAUAUUGAUGGUGAUGGUCAAGUAAACUAUGAAGAGUUUGUACAAAUGAUGAGAGCAAAGUGAAGACAUUGUACAGAAUGUGUUAAAUUUCUUGUACAAAAUUGUUUAUUUGCCUUUUCUUUGUUUGUAACUUAUCUGUAAAAGGUUUCCCCCUACUGUCAAAAAAAAUAUGCAUGUAUAGUAAUUAGGACUUCAUUCCUCCAUGUUUUCUUCUCUUAUCUUACUGUCAUUGUCCUGAAACCUUAUUUUAGAAAAUUGAUCAAGUAACAUGUUGCAUGUGGCUUACUCUGGAUGUAUCUAAGCCCUUCUGCACAUCUAAACUUAGAUGGAGUUGGUCAAAUGAGGGAACAUCUGGGUUAUGCCUUUUUUUUUUUUUUUUUUUUUGAGUAGUUUUCUUUAGGAAUUGUCAGCAUGUUGUUGUUGAAGUGUGGAGUUGUAACUCUGCGUGGACUACGGACAGU